AUGCAGUCCAACAGCGCGACGUGGCACCUCGCCGCCUUCCUCGCGCUUGCCGCCGUCACCUCCGCCGCGAGCAACGUCACGUGCGCGCCAUCGCAGUACCUCGAUGCGGCGACCAACGGCUGCGUCGACUAUGUCAACCAAGGCGCCAAGGCCGCCGCGGUGGUCGAUGGCACCUUGGACUCGGGCAACACGGCGUGGAUGCUCAUGUCGUCGGCGCUCGUCAUGAUCAUGACACCGGGCGUCGCCUUCUUCUACGCGGGCCUCGCCGGCGAAGAGAUGGCGUCCAACACGAUGAUGAUGUCGUUCGUGAGCAUGGCGGUCGUCUCGCUGCAGUUUUGGCUCUUUGGGUACUCGGCCGCCUUUAGCUCGGACGGCGUCUUUACCUGGACGUUUUACAACCACGUGGGGAAGCUACCGAGCGGCACGUACGGCAACGGUACGCCCCAUGUGCUCUUUGCGUUCUUCCAGACGCAGUUUGCGAUGGUGACACCGGCGCUCCUCAGCGGCGGCAUCGUCGGCCGCAUGAAGUUUGGCUCGUACCUGCUCUUCAUCUUUCUCUGGUCGACGCUUGUGUAUGACCCGCUCGCGCACUGGAUGUGGUCGCAACAUCUCGAUGCGUCGUGGGUCCUCGAGCCCUUUGGGUGGGAAGGCAAAAUGGGCGCGAUCGACUUUGCCGGCGGCACCGUCAUCCACAUCUCGAGCGGCUUUGGCGCACUCGCAGGCGCGCUCAUUGUCGGCCGUCGCUACAACCACAACGAGACCGUCAAGCCGCACAACGUUCCGCUCGUCAUGAUAGGCACGACGCUCCUCUGGUUUGGCUGGUUUGGCUUCAACGCUGGCUCCCAAGGCGCCGCCGACGGCAUCGCGGCGAUCGCCGCCAUCAACACGCACCUUGCGCCGUGCGCUGGCUUUCUCACCUGGACCUUUCUCGAGUUUGCUUUGUACAAAAAGUUUGAUCCGUGCGGCGCUGCCUCCGGAGCGGUCGCGGGCCUGGUCGCGAUCACGCCUGCGUGCGGCUACGUCCUCCCCUGGGCCGCCGUCGUCUUUGGCAUUGUCGGCGCGGUCACGGGCUUUGGCGCCGUGCGCUUGAAGAACAGCAUGCGCUACGACGAUACACUCGACUCGUUUGCGAUCCACGGCUGCGUCGGCGUCAUGGGCGGCUUGCUCACGGGCCUCUUUGCCAACCCGGAGGUCAACCCUGCGGUGGUGGGCGGUGCGUUCUACGGCCACGGACAGCAGUUUGUGCACCAGCUCGUGGCGCAGUGCGUCGCCGCCGGCUACUCGUUUGUGGUGACGCUCCUCAUUCUCGUCGCCCUCAAGUACACGAUUGGUCUCCGCGUCUCGGAGGAGAGCGAGAUGAACGGCAUGGACGUGACGUACCACGGCGGCCUCGCGUACGACUACGCGCCCAAGACGCGCCACUCGAACGAGUCGUCGGGCCCGACGACGGGCGAGUUUCAAGUCAUGAUGACGCCGUCGACGACCGACCCGGACAAGGAGAAAUCGCACUUGCACGUGUGA